CUAUUCUAGAAUCUAUUCUAUAAUCUAUUCUAUACAUCUAUUCUAUACAUCUAUUCUAUACGUCUAUUCUACUCUUUACUAUCCAACAUGACGACGACCUACGUUCUCUAUAACUACAAGCCCUCGCUGGUGGCAGCCAUUAUUGCCGUGAUAUGCUUCUUGACCGUCGCUUUCGGUCACCUCUUCCUCGCGAUCAAACACCGCAUGAAGUUCCUGCUGGCCUUUAUCAUCGGCUGUCUGUUUGAAGCCGUCGGUUAUGGCGCCCGCGCCGUCAACGCCCACCAGGCGCCCAACUACAGCACGAUGCCGUACGCGAUGCAGAGCCUGUUCAUCCUCCUGGCGCCGUCGCUCUUUGCCGCUUCCAUCUACAUGAUUCUCGGCCGCAUCAUCCGGCUCACCCAGGGCGAUUCCCGCUCUCUCAUCCGCUCUACCCGCCUCACCAAGAUCUUCGUCACGGGCGACAUCCUCGCGUUUCUGAUGCAGUGCGGAGGAGGAGGUAUUCUCUCCGGCGCCAAGACAGCAUCGAAGCUGAAACUCGGCCAGGACGUCAUCAUCGUCGGUCUCGUCGUCCAGAUCCUCUUCUUCGGCUUCUUCGUCAUCGUCUCGCUGGUUUUCCACCAGCGCAUCACCAGCAAUCCCACCCCGGCCUCUCUGGCCACUUCCAUCCUCUGGCAGCGCUACCUGUACAUUCUCUACUUUGCCAGUCUCUUGAUCAUGAUCCGCUGUGUCUACCGUGUCAUCGAGUACAUCCAGGGGACCACGGGCUUUCUGCAGAGCCACGAAUACUUUGCCUAUCUGUUUGAUACCGCCUUGAUGUUCACCGUCACCGUCAUCUUCCUUAUCUUUCAUCCCAGCCAGGUCGUCCCUCGUGAAGGCCAUAAAAUCUUGGAGGGGACUGAGUUGAUGUCCAGCGAGUACCACGCAUAAUCCUCUCUCAUGUCAAUUUCAUAUGUAUAUAUUUCAUAUGUAUAUAUCUCAGCGUAUAUAUCGUAUAUAGAUCAUUUAUGUUAUUCUGCCU